AUGUUUAAUCCCGAUAACUUUUUGGAUGAUCACGAAAUCAAAAGUUUCUUUGACAGCUUACCUCAAAAUACACCGCCGUUCAGAAAUACGGGAGUUCUAUAUGAGGAUAUAACUCCUUGUACAUCACCGGAGAGUAGUUGUUAUUCUAACGAUGAACUGUACUAUCAAAUGCCGCAUUCGCAAGUAUGGCAACUAUCUCAACAGAACCUCUCAUACUUCUCAACAGAGCAACAAAUGUCCCAAUUUACAUUGGCCGACACGGUCUACUCGCAGAACACAGCAUGGAGUCACCCUAUAACAGCGAAUAUGGAUCACUCCCUGAUGCAAAUUUGUCCCGCGACUCCAGUUUCGAUGGGGAUGCCGUCACCUCUAGAAGAGGCAUCACAACAUGAUCAAGAGGCACCUAUGACGAUGACUCAAUUCCCUUAUCAGCAGUACCUAGAAGAAUUAGCAAUAAAUCACCAACUGAAUUCUGAUGUGGUACAGUACGCUUCAACCACAUCAGUACAAACGAAUAUGAAUCAAAUUCCGACACAUCGAAAAAGAGAAAUAAAACACAGGACCAAAUUCACGAAACAUCAGUUAUUUGUUUUAGAAACAGAGUUCUUAAUGAAUAAGUGCCCCAAAGCAAGUUUUCCCAGAAUAGCCAAAUCCUUGAAUUUGUCGUUGCGUCAAGUUAGCACUUGGUUUCAAAACCGAAAACGGAAGCUGAAGAGGAACAGAGGUUCAAAAUCUGCCUCCAGCAACCAGCAAGUGAGCUACCAAACAACACCAGAAGAUGAUUUUAGCAUGUAGUUGCAGCCACUUACAAGACCAUACAAUCCUUAUUUUUUCUAUGUCCUUAUUUUAUAUUUUCACAAUAAUGCUUUAAUAGGUUCCUUUGUAAACUUUCCAGUGUUUAUACUUAUUUCAAUUGUCCUUUCGGCUUUUUAUA